AUGGAAGUGUCUUCUACUUUUAGCGCCGCUUUGUAUAGCCCAUUAAAGUUUAAUAUAUGUGAAUGUGCCAGAGUAUCCUCAUUUACAAUGGAUGGUUUUAAGAAACCAAAACGUCAACUUCGUGGUCGUACUGAUGAUAGCGCUCACGAAUCAAAAGAAGAACAUUCUUCUCAGAAAACAUCCGCAAGUGAUAGCACACCGCCGUCUACCAUUCUUUCAAGUACAACAACAGUAACCACUACAACAACGACACUAGUAACAAAUAAAAAUAAAGCAGAUGCGCUUCCUAAAACAUUACUGAGUUUUGCAGAUGAUGAAGGCGAUGUUGAAGAAUUUAAAAUAAACAAAUCUCGUGAAAGUCGAAAAUUAAUCAAAGAAAUGAAAAAACAACAACAGAUGCUAAUCGUGGAAGAAAAACCUACAACAAGUGUUGUAAGCAAAAAACACAUCGCUGUAGAAGAAAAUGACGAAAUCGAAAUAAAAUUUAAACCAUUAUCUGUUCCAAAGAAAGCAGUAGAAUCGACAGCAACGAGUGGAACAGCGGUCAAUUCAUUUUCGAGCACUCACAUUGAACUUCAGCGCUUGCGACAAGAAAUGAAAAUUCUUAAUGGGCAAGAUGCUGAAGAAUACGACGACGAAACUAAUGAUACUGGAGUUAUGGAUGAAACACAACGUUCAGUUCGACUUAUGUUGAGAAGUGGUAAUAUACCGGAUCCAGCCAUGAUCCACGCGGCAAGAAAACGUCGUCAAAUGGCCCGUGAAAUGGGCAAUGGUGUUGUUGGAAACGAUUAUAUCACAAUUGGAGGAGGAGGAGAUACUUCACCGCAAGGAGGAGACAGUGUUACAAUAACAUCGGUGAAAUCUGGAAAAUCGCGACUGAUUCGAGAAGAUGAAAAUGAUGGUAGUGAUAGUGAAGAUGAAGUGGUUAUUAUGGAUCGAAAUAAAACACGUGCUGCUAAUGAACGGCAAAAAAAUCGAGAUGCAUUUUUAGAAUUAGAGCAAGGAAGUGAUACAGAAGAUGAUGAAGAAUUUAGUCAAUGGGAACGUGAACAAAUCCGAAAAGGUGUUCACAUUACACAAAUACUUCCAAUCAAAACCAAUGCAUCUACUUCAUCAUCAUUACGAAAAACUGGUUCAAACGUUAGUAAAACUAUUGUUGGCUAUGAUCCUGAGCCAAUGGAAGUUGAGAUUCGAUGUGAAUUACCACCAACUGAACUACCUACUGCCACAUUUCAAUCGAUACGAGAUAAAUUGAAUAAUAUACUUAAUUCUGUUGUUCAAGAAAAUCACACGCGGAAAGUUGAUUAUGAACAAAUUUGUUCAGCUUUUGAGAUAAGUCAAAAAUCAAUUCAAAACCAACAUGUUGAUUUACCACAAUUAGAACUAUGUUAUCAAUUUUAUCAAGAUUUAAAAUUGUACACAAAAGAUUUUAUUGACUGUUAUAAUGAAAAAAUGCCUGUGAUUGAUUCACUAGAGAAACGUUGGUUUCAGUUAUAUAAACAACGUCAAGACAGGUUAGUUAGUCGUCGACAGGAAGAUGUCAAAGAUCAAUGUAUCGAAUAUCCAUCAUCAAAAGCAGCUGCGGCUAUCAGUUUAUUGAAUACAGCAACAGAUUUUCGAACACCACUUGAUCCAAAACGACAACGACGAGCAGUUGAGCGAGAAGCGAGAAGAGUUCGUCGACGUCAAGCUCGUGAAGAUAAGAACUCGAAUGAAAUGCAAACUCAUUUUGAUGGUAUGUCAACGGAUGAUGAAGAAAAUCCCUCUGAUUUAAGUAACUUCUCAUCUCAAAAAGCUGAAAUUCUAUCUGAAUUAGAACAUAUCUUAGAUGAUGUCACAAAUGAUUACUGUAAAUAUUCAAUCAUAAAAAUAAAAUUUGAAAAAUGGAAACAACUUUAUAAACCAUCGUAUGAAGAAGCGUGGAUUGAAAAUUGUUUACCAAAGUUAUUUUCACCACUAAUACGAAUAGAUAUGUUAGAUUGGAAUCCAACCGAGGCGAGUUAUAAUAUUUGUAUAUCUAAACUUGGACUAGAAGGCGCCAAAAUACGUAAUAAACAAUAUAGUGGACCGAUGUGUAAAUCGAUUGAAGAUUAUUCAUGGUAUUCUGAACUUGUCUUGUACGGUAUUGGUAAUGAACAAGACAUUUCCGAUGAUCAAAGUGUACAACUUGUGCCACUUAUUGUUGAAAAAAUAAUUAUACCAAAACUCACAGCUAUUAUUGAAAAUCUCUAUGAUCCAAUGUCAACAAAACAAACGAAUGCUCUUGUAAAAACAAUUGAAACAUUAUUUCAAAUGUACCCAACAAUGAAUGAUGAAAGUAAAGCGGUGCAGACAUUAUUAAAAGCGAUUAUUGAUCGUCUUCGACAAUCAUUAGACGAUGAUAUUUAUAUUCCAAUUUAUCCAAAACAAAUUAUAUCUGCUACAACAUCUUCGAAUCGUUCUGUUUCGGGUGCCAGUCAAUUUUUUUAUCGUCAAUAUUGGACAUGUGUUAAUUUAUUAGGAAAUAUUUUAUGUUGGUCAAAUCUGUUAUCGAUAAAAACACUAUGUGAUUUAUCUAUCGAUGGUCUUUUAAAUCGAUAUAUUUUAUUAGCUCUACAAUCAAUGGAUAUAGAAACAACUGAUAUGACAAUUAAAUGUGCUUAUAUAGCUAAAUGUUUUCCAAAAGUAUGGUUUAAUAAUAUACAAACAAAUUCUACUUUACCAGCAUUAGAAACAUUUUGUCGAUAUUUAAAACAAUUAACACAAGAAUAUGCACAACAAAUGGAAGGUGCCACUGAUCAAGAGAAAAAACAAUAUCGUGAAAAUAUUCGACAAAUUCGUGUUAUCUAUCUUCAUUUACAUGCAUUAGAUCAUGUACUAGAAUUGUCAAAUCAAUAUGAUAUUAAAUGA